AUGGAAAGUUUAUUACCACAAUUUAAUACAAUAUCAUUAAUUCAUCCAAUGAGUUCUGCAACUAGUCAUCUCCUUGAACAAAGAAAAUUUCUAUCAACUCAACCAUUAGUAAUUGAAUUUGAAGGUGUUUGGGAUGAUGACGAAUCCGAUGAUACUCUCGAUCAAGAAUUAAAUUUUUAUAAUAAUAAUUUUAAACCAGAUCAAACAUUAAAACAAAAUAAUAAUAAUAAUAAUAAUAAUAAUAAUAAUAAUAAUAAUAAUAAUAAUAAUAAUAAUAAUAAUAAUAAUAAUAAUAUAAUUUCAAAUGAAACCAAUAAUAUAAAUAAUUAUUACCAAAUUGAAAAUAUUACAAAUCAUUUAAAGAAUUUAGAAAAAGAGGGUCAUAUUAAAAUUCCUAAAAGUUUAAAUUCUCAUAAAAGCCAUCAAUCUGGUUUUCAAAUUAAAAAAAAUAGUUUUAUAAGGGAUAAAAAGUUCAUUUCAAUUUCAAAUACAAUGAAAAAAAAUAUGUUUCAUUGCUUAAUAAAAUAA